AAGGUGACACGUGAAAUGCGCGACUACAUCCAGCGAAUGGACCAAAACGCGGUACCACCACGCUUAAUCUGGAGCAACAUGCUUCGUGCACCUGAAAUACUGACUCCAGUGCUUGGGUUUCCGACGUGCCCUCAAGUUCUGCGUAGUGUCAAGUACAAUCGAUGGCUGCAGGGGUCUAAAAACUCUAUU